GAUUUACUCGCAGAACAUUUCACUUUCUCUCCCCUCGAAACGAAACUCAUCUCAUUCUCUCACUACAAAAUCGUCCUCAACUUCGAGUUUUCUAGAUUGAAGCCUUUCAUUAAUGGCAGGAAGAGGUAAAACCCUAGGUUCUGGUGCCUCUAAGAAGGCUACAUCUCGUAGCAGUAAGGCUGGUUUGCAGUUUCCUGUUGGUCGUAUUGCUAGGUUUUUGAAAGCCGGCAAGUAUGCUGAACGUGUUGGUGCUGGAGCUCCGGUUUACCUUGCUGCUGUUCUUGAGUAUCUUGCUGCUGAGGUUUUGGAACUGGCAGGAAAUGCUGCAAGAGACAACAAGAAAACCCGAAUUGUCCCAAGGCACAUUCAAUUGGCAGUAAGGAACGAUGAAGAAUUGAGCAAAUUGCUUGGUGAUGUAACAAUUGCAAAUGGAGGUGUGAUGCCCAACAUUCACAAUCUUCUUUUACCAAAGAAGAGUGGGACUAAAUCUUCUGCAGAGGAUGAUUCUUAGAAUUGAUGAUUUGGGAAAAUAUUGUUCAAUUUGGGAUUAAUUGUGGCUUACUUUGUUAGAUUGUUAUAAGAUCAAGUUAGGGUUAGAGUAUUUAGCAUUUAAGCUUACUUUUGUGGGUAAUUUGUGUUUAAUUUAUUGUUAUGUUUAGAGGUCUUGGAUAGAAUUUAUCACUUUUUAGUGUGUAUAAGUUUCUUUGUUUCAUUUUCCUGACAAUUAAAAGAAACAACAAUGAAAUAUUUCCAGUAUCUCUUUUUUGUGGAAAUUACUUAAAAUUGAAUAGCAUCUCUUUUAGUGUGUA